AUGCACGACUUCCGGUCGCCUUAUAGCCAUUCCUAUGGAUAUGAAGGCAACCGGAGAGUCGAGUUUAAUGGCAUUGAUCAAUAUACAGCUGUGGAUCAAAUGUACGUAGCCAGAUCUCGAGGGUCAGCCCCUCGAAAAGGCCUUGUUCGUAGAUCGAAACGUAAAUCAUCCUUAAAUACAAAGUCAUCAAGCUCUUUUAUGUUUUCAGUUAAGGCAUGGUAUAAUAAUCCUGAACAAAAGAGGAAAAGAAGAAUGGCUAAAUAUAAGAUAUAUGAUAUGGAAGGUAAGGUUAAGAGUUCCUUUAAGAAAGGAUAUCGUUGGUUGAAGAAAAGGUUGAGAUAUCAAUGA